UCUUUCCUUCUUCACCCAACUCAACAUCCUCGGGCUUCGGGCAAUCGGGUAUAGGAACAAUUCUCGCUUUCUGUCAUGGACACGCCGAUCUCUGUAUCCGUUCAGACAGCCACCGCCGUCAAGCCCCAGCAGCCUCGGCGCGUGCUGGCGUGCGUGCUCUGUCAGCAACGCAAGAUCAAAUGUGACCGCACAUUCCCCUGCACCAACUGUGCCCGAGCCAACGUGCAAUGCGAGCAAGCCGUUCGUCAGCGACGGCGCAGGUUUCCGGAGAAAGAGUUGUUGGCCCGCCUGCGACUCUAUGAGGGUCUACUCCGACAGCACAACAUCAAGUUCGAUCCCCUCCACACCCCAACCGCUGACCAUCGGUCUCCCAGUGACGAUGGCCGCGACGACCUGCCAGAGGGGGGCGAAUUAGAGGGCACUCUGGGUGAGAGAGAGAAGCCCACCGUCAAGACCAAGUCACUAAACCUCUGGCAUGCGAUGAGCCAAAAGCCUGUAAGCCCUGGAGACGACGAUGGCAACGAGGGUGAGGACGACGAGAAUGACACCGGUUUCCUGCACGAUACGGACGAUGUGCGGCCCGCCGUUAUCCAGAAGGCGUGGAAUCACACCUUUCAAGGCCAAAGCAACGACCACCUCCUCUUUGGUGCGCCGGUAGGCACCGUCGAUCUUUCCGCUUCGCAUCCAAGCCAAGUGCAUAUCUUCCGGCUGUGGCAGGUCUACCUAGACCAAGUGAAUCCGCUGCUCAAAGUCACUCACACUCCCACCCUGCAGACACGGAUCAUUGAUGCUGCCAGUGAUAUCGCCAACAUCAGCCCCACCUUAGAAGCCCUGAUGUUCAGCAUCUACUGCGUCUCCCUUACGAGUCUCUCGGGCGAACAAUGCAGUGUACUGUUUGGAACCGCGAAAAAGGAACUUUUGACUGGCUAUCAGUUUGCGUGCCAGCAGGCGCUACGCAAUUGCGGGAUUCUACGCUCCAGCGACCGCGAGUGUCUGACCGCCCUGUAUCUGUAUCUAGUUUCCAUUCGCCCUGACACCGAUCCCGCAUCCCUGUCUUCGCUGCUGAGCGUCGCGAUCCGAAUCGCCCAGCGCAUCGGCAUCCAUAACGAGUCGAUGUACGGCAAAUGCUCCGCGCUGGAGGCGGAGAUGCGCCGUCGGCUGUGGUGGUCGCUCAUCAUCUUCGACAACCGCGUCUGCGAGAUGUCCGACUAUAAGACGGCAUCGCUGGCGCCGACCUGGGACUGCAAGGUGCCGCUCAACGUGAACGACUUCGAGCUGCAGCCGGAGAUGAGAACGCCCCCCGCCCCCAACAACCGACCCACGGAGAUGCUGUUCGCCGCGGUUCGCAGCGAUCUCGCCGACUUCGUGCGCCACAGCGCCUUCCACCUCAACUUCACCAACCCCUCCCUCAACACGAUCGCCCCGCGUCCCACCGACGAAGCCGAGCGACUGGUCUCGCUGGAAAAAACCAUGGAGGAAAAAUACCUGGCUUUCUGCAAUCCCGAGAACGCCCUGCACUUCAUGACCCUUUGGACGAUGCGGGGGUCCCUGGCCAAGAGCCGGCUCCUGCAGCACUACUCCCAAUGCUCCAGCACCCCCGAGCCACCGACCGACGCCCAGCGCAACACGGGCCUCGCGCACGCGCUGCGCAUGCUCGAAUGCGACACGAAGCUCAUGACCUCGCCGCUCACGCAGCCCUAUCGGUGGCUGGUGCACUUUCACUUCCCGUUCCCGGCGUACAUCCACCUGCUGCAGGAUCUGAAGAAGCGGCCCGUCGAGGCCCAUGCCGACCGCGCGUGGGCCGUCAUGAGCGACAACUACGCGGUGCGGAUGAUGGAGGCCGGCCAGGACGAUCGCCCGUUCUUUAUCGUCUUCUCGCGGAUUGUCCUGCAGGCGUGGGAGGCGCGGGAGAAGGUGGCUGUGGCAGCCCAGCUCGAGACGCCGCCGCCGGUGCCACCACGGAUGGUCGUGGAUAUCCGGAACAAGGUGAUGCAGAUGACGACGAGUUUCGGACUGGAUGCGGCUGCUGCGGUGCACUCUGAUGGGGUCGUGGGGGUCAGUGCCGAGGAUCUCGAGAUGGACUUGGCGGCGCCAGAGAUGGCGUACGGCCCUGGCGGGCACGGCGCGACUGGACUGGAACCGUGGGGCUGCCUGGAUAUAGCUGGGCCGGCGGCUGGGGACGUAGGUGCGAAUCAAUUUCUGUUGAAUACCAUGGAGUGGAAUGCGCUGCAUGCUCGGGGUAGGUGAGGGGCUCUUUGCCCGGCAGAGGUGUGAGCCACGAGUGUCGAUGAUUAAUCCCGCCUAUGACUCGAGAUGAUAAAUGAUAAUCUACGCAUUUCUGG